AUGAUUUUGUAUCUGGUUAGCAGUAUCAAUUAUCAGGGAGAAUACUCUGCCGUCCAUCCAGUCAGCAAUGAACCUGUGACUGUUUCUCUCAAAGCGUCCGUUCGAUUUAGUCAGAAUGACUCGCAAACUAUUAACUGCUACAACAUCAUUAUUCGCAGUUGCCUCGACAUGGUUGGAUUAAAACGCUUGGGACGGAAUCACUUCAAUGAGAAGGAGAAGAGUAGGCUCCGAGACUACAAUAUGGAAGUGUGGCCAGGAUUUGAGACAGCCGUACGCCAAUACGAAGACCAGCUGAUGCUUUGUAUCGAAAAUCGUUUUAAAAUGAUCCGUACGGAAUCAGUGUGGGACGUGAUGAACUACGAGCUGAAGAGAGUAAAGGACAACAUCGAGAGGUUCCACAUAAAUAUGGAAGGUUUACUUGUCGGAGAAACGGUUUUUGCUCGUUACAACAACAAGAAUGUAUCGAGUGGCUGGAAUUGA